AUUAUCUUUCACUUCGGUGUUAAUUUCAAAAAAACAAAAACAGAAAAAAAUAUAAAAAAAUCUGUAAUAAUUUUCUUUUCUAUUUUAAAAAUAACAAUAAGAAAAUUGUGAAAAUUCUCAUUUCAUAUGUAUUUGUUAAAUUUAUUUUCGGAAAAAAUAAUUUUGUAUUAAAAAAUAAGAAAACAAAAAUUUACUAUAUACAAAAACUAAAGAAAAAAAAUACAGAAAACAACUUGUGAAAUAUUUAAAAAAAAAAAUAAAAUACAAAUUCGAAAAUAAAAUUUAAAAUAUAUAAAAAAAAUAAAGAGAAAAACCGAAAAUAAUUUCAUACAUAAAAAUUUAUUUAGUAGAAAAACUGCAAAAAUCUUUUAAAAUUCUUCAGUUAGAUUAUUUCAGUCGCCGGAGGAACAUUUUGAUAAUUCGUUAUUCGUCCAUGCCAUGCGCGAUAAAAUAUAUCAAUUGUUUUGUUUGCAGAAAAAUGCAUGCAGACAAAAUUCUGAUAAUUAUCAAGGACAUAAUGUGCCAAUUAAAACCGCAUCUAAUGGGACAACGUGUACAAAUGGGGGGACUUUCGGAACAGAAGGGCCCGAAACGGCAGAGACCGACACAUCAGGGACCGGGGGGAUGCGGAAGUCGUUGGAGGGGAAUGGCUCAACGCCGAACGACCCUAUUCACCUCCAGAGACGGGUGGGACUCUUCAGUGGGGUGGCUUUAAUUGUUGGAACUAUGAUAGGAUCUGGAAUUUUUGUGUCACCAUCUGGCUUGCUAGUUCGUACUCAAUCCGUUGGUGUUAGCUUCAUAAUUUGGCUAGUGUGUGGUUUGCUCUCGUUAUUAGGGGCUUUGGCAUACGCUGAAUUAGGUACAAUGAAUACAUCAUCUGGUGCUGAAUGGGCCUAUUUUAUGGAUGCGUUUGGUCCUGCACCAGCAUUUUUGUUUUCAUGGGUCUCAACAUUGGUGUUGAAACCGUCACAAAUGGCAAUUAUCUGUUUAUCAUUUGCCCAAUACGCUGUUGAAGCAUUUGUUGAUGAAUGUGAUCCACCAAUGUCUGUUGUUAAAAUGGUUGCACUUGUUGCGAUUGUUAUGAUCCUAUUUGUAAACUGUUAUAGUGUUAAUUUAGGUAUGGCUGUGCAAAAUAUAUUUACAUCGGCUAAAUUGGUUGCUGUAUUGAUUAUAAUAUGUGGAGGUGCAUAUAAAUUAUUCCAAGGAAAUACACAACAUUUGCAAAACGCAUUUACUGGUCAAACACCAUCCAUUGGAGCAAUUGCAACUGCAUUUUAUACCGGUUUAUGGGCAUAUGAUGGAUGGAAUAAUUUAAAUUAUGUUACUGAAGAAAUACAAAAUCCUAGCAAAAAUUUACCACGUUCUAUUAUUAUUGGAAUACCAUUGGUAACUUUAUGCUACAUAUUAAUUAAUAUUUCGUACCUGGCUGUAAUGUCAUCCACUGAGAUGAUUGAAUCGGAAGCUGUUGCUGUAACAUUCGGUAAUCGAAUGCUUGGUGUAUUAGCAUGGUUAAUGCCACUUAGCGUUACUAUUAGUACAUUUGGAAGCGCUAACGGAACAUUAUUUGCAGCUGGCAGAUUAUGUUUUGCGGCUAGUCGUGAAGGUCACCUAUUGGAUAUUUUAUCAUAUGUCCAUGUGCGCCGUUUAACUCCGGCACCGGGUUUAAUUUUUCAUUCUUUGAUUGCAGCUGCUAUGGUCCUAUAUGGUACAAUUGAUUCUUUAAUUGAUUUCUUCAGUUUUACAGCAUGGAUAUUUUAUGGAGGUUCAAUGUUAGCAUUAAUUGUUAUGCGAUAUACAAAACCAAAUCAUCCAAGGCCAUAUAAAGUGCCAUUAAUCAUUCCAGUUUUGGUAUUGAUAAUAUCUGCAUAUCUAGUUGUUGCACCAAUUAUUGACAAACCACAAAUUGAAUAUCUUUAUGCUUUAAUAUUUAUAUUUGCUGGAUUGAUAUUUUAUGUACCAUUUGUAAAAUUGGGAAUGACACCCAGUUUUAUGGAUAAAGUAACACUAUUUUUCCAGCUAUUACUGGAAGUUGUACCCACCUCUUCAAUGGCAAUGUUUGAUUAAUGAGAUAUGAAUAUUAUGGAAACAUACAUAUUAUUAUUGAUUAAUUACUUAAAUUUUUAAAAAUAUAUCAAUAUUUUAUUAUAUUUUUAAAGAGCUUUAUAUUAAGAAGAGACAAAAACAAAAAAAAAACAAAAUCAAAGGUUAAAUUUUAUUUCUUUGAUGUACAUUUUAGUAUACACAUAUUAUAUAUUAUAAAAUAAUAUUAUAUAUUUAGUAGAUGUAGGAUUAAAAUGCAAAGCAUUAAAAUUAUUAUAAUAUUGUAAUAAAAUUAAAAUACUUAAUUAAUAUUAUACAUUAUAUAGUAAUUAUUAUGUAAAUGUACAUAAUGUUAUAUUAUAAUGAAUGUUUUUUUUUUACUAUAAUUAAACUCAAAAUAUAAAAUUUUAUAGACUUUAUAUUAAAAAUUUAUAAAAGCAAUUGGUUACAAAUUAAGUACAUAAAAUAUAUUAUAAAUUUUAUAUUUAUUACGUAUAGUGUAAUUUCUAAACUAUAUAAAAGAUGGAGUUAACGUACAAUUCAGCGGUUAGUUUAGUUUAAUCCUUAUAACCUACGAAAAGUAAGAAUACGUUAAUGCCAUCUUUUGACGAGUAUUGGAAGUCACACAUUUUAUUGAAUUUUAAUAUUCUAUAGAAUCGUUUUUGUUUUUAAUUUUGUAACAUUAUUUUAUUGUAAAUAUAAAUUAUUUAAUAAAAUGCUUUUGC